AUGCACAUCACAUCUAGCGAACAGAAACUGUUUGGAUAUGGCCCCUUCAAAGCCUACCCAAUGAUCGCAACAGAUCAGAGAAGGUCUAUUAAUGCAAGGUUGGUUGUCUUUGGCUUCAUAAUUGCAACUUGUUCCGUGGUAACGUUUCUUUUGGGAGUCAAUGUUGUGAUACGGUACAGGACGAUUAAUACAUUUGACAGGGUUGGGACGAUAAGGAAGAUACUUUCGAUUGUCUGCAGCGUCGCCGCAAUCUACGUUCUUGUUCGAGUGGUAGCUUGGUUUUUCGAAAUAUGGACCUUGGACAGGAGUCGUCCAGGAUAUGAUUCCCUAUUUAAUGCUGAUUAUGGCGACGAUACCCCGAUUGAAAUGAGUUCAUUCGAAGUGGGUCCAAGCUCUAUUUAA